GCGGGGCACAUGAGAAAUACGCACAUAUAUACGCACGCUCGCUCGCGGUACAGCCGUGCCGCGCUAUUAUUAGUCCGCGGUCAUCGUAGAGGAGUCUCUAAUGUGCGCGAGCGCGAGCGAAGACACGACGGCGACGACGCAUGCACGUUCGACGCGGAAAAGUCGCGCCUCUCGUUCGGAAAAAAAAAAAAACUCGCCGUCGCCCUCGGGAAAUUUGUCUUCGUGCGUGUCUUCGAGAAUCGUUUGGACGGUGUAGCGUAGACCGAUUCUUUGAUUCUCCGGUGACUCGCGCGCAAGAAGAAGGAUUUCAGUUCGCAUCCGCUUGUUACACUUCGGAAAGGAUGAUUCUCGCACGCUCUUCACUAUGAAGGAUGCGGUUUUGCCGAAAAGAAGUAAUAACGUAACUACCUCGAAGCCGAAACCAUCCAUCGAGAUAUAUCGACCUCCAGGUGGGAGAGCGGAAGGAACCACGGCGAACGUCACCAAUCUCCGACUGAACGUGCAUGCCAAGGAGUUCACUAUGAAGCAGAACGACUCGCAUUCUUCCAAGUCCCGCAUUAACUCCUCGGAGCGAUCUUCGUACUAUCUGCAACACAGCAAAUCGAGCGGCAAUGUUCACCGGUAUCUCUACCCUCAGCAGCAACAACAGUUGCAACAGCAUCAACUCACGUCCCGUCAAAGUAGUCACUAUCCAACGAAUUCCACGCUACGUCAAUCCUAUCCCUUGGAUACAUCUGCGUCCAGCGGGAAUAUUUUGCAUACCGCAAAUCGAGUGCAUUUCAACAUGGAUCAAAACGAAGCCAAGACGAAUUCGGUGCAGAAACCGGGCAAACUAACGAAAUCGCACACCUUCGUGUCCACCUACGGACUGAAACGUUCGAAAAAUUUAACGUCGACGGACGUGCUGGCCGCCAAAGCUCACAACAUCGCGGACGCUUCCGAACUCGGAAAAUUUCCCCCGCCUGUUCAGGAUAUACUUUUGCGAGCGAUAGAAGAUCCCAAUCUUUUAAAUGCCAGAACUUUGAUGGAACUGGUGCGGCACAUUUUGGAGAGAGUGGUGGAGAAUCGUAAAUACGCCGAGCCGGCUGCUAAAAUUUGCAUCACAAUUAUAGAGAAAGAGACAAAGGAAACUUUUCUGGAGUCCUUGUUGAACACGUGCCAACAGUGGUAUCAAGAUCGUGCUAAAUUAUUACACGAUGACUUGAGUUGUCAUCGGUACUCGGCCUUUAUGAUGUUUCUUAAUGAGAUGUACUGUCAGCUGAAGCGACGGCAGCUGCAGCUGAAGACGCAACAAGAGGGCGUGCCACCCGGACGCAUGCUCCUCACGCUGCUUUGGAAAUGUUGCCAGGAUUGUUUACAACCGCCCGUUAUCAACUCGCUCGCCGAGACGAACUGUCUGUUCUUCAUUCUUACGUGCAUCGGCAAGGAUCUGGACGCGGAAUUGCCGGCGCAGCUGCAGCAGCUGCUCGGAAGCGUGCGCGACGCCUUUCUGGCGGAAGAGACGACGCUGGUGUCGGUGAAGCGGAUGUUGCUGCAGCUGAUCGAGCUUCACGCCGCUCAUUGGCAGCUACCGGCACCGGCGGUGAUCUACUACUACCCCUCGAAUUCGAACUCGAAAUGACCGCAACUUCGUUACAACGUUCUCUCUCUUUCUCUCUUUCUUUCUCUUACUCUUUCUUUCCGUCCGUCUUUUUUGGAAUACGUGCAAGAAAAUUUUGCACGAGUAUCUAAGAGAAUCGAACGGUGUGCGCGCGCACGGAUGCAUUUUGACUACUUCAAUUUAAAAAAAAAAAAAAAAAA